CCAACAGCAGGGACUCCUGUGGCCUGCGCAGCCGGAGCCCGCCCCGCCCAACCUCCCAUAGGCGACAGGCGCCGGAGCGGUCCUGAGUGGCUGAGACGCGCCGUCGCGGGAGCCCCGGGGAGGAGGAGGAGUGCCGGAGAAGGAGGCGGGUCCCACGCGCAGCCACGGGAGACGCGCUUGUUAAGUCCUGCCUGGAGUUUGACUCCUUCCAGGAGAUCUGUGGCGGAGGAGGCAGAAGCGGAGCCAGAAGGAGGAGCCAGAGUCACGGCCGCUACAGCUGCGACGCGGCGGGGUGAGGAACUGCCCAGCUCCCCGCGGCAACUCCCCCGCUACCCUUCGGAGCACGAUGGGACGGUGCAGUGAGACAGGACCUCCUGCCCACCGAGAAAAAUGACUCCUUGCUAAAUGACAAAAUCAUAAGAAACAAAUAAAACCUCUACAAGCAAGUUCUCUAUUGAUGAGGAAGCCACACAGGAGUGCUUUAUGAUGGGCACCACAAAUGAAGAGAUGAUCUCAGUGGAGCAGAACUUGAACCCUCUGUGCUUUGAAUGUGGCCAGCAGCAUUGGACAAGGGAGAACCACUUGUACAAUUAUCAGAACGAUGUGGAUGAUGACUUGGUCUGCCAUAUUUGCCUUCAGCCCUUGCUACAGCCAUUAGACACCCCUUGCGGCCACACAUUCUGCUAUAAGUGCCUACGGAACUUCCUGCAGGAGAAGGAUUUCUGCCCUCUGGAUCGCAAAAGGCUCCAUUUUAAGCUGUGCAAAAAAUCUAGUAUCCUUGUUCACAAACUGCUUGACAAACUCUUGGUGUUGUGCCCCUUUUCUUCAGCGUGUGAGGAGGUAAUGCAGCGAUGUGACCUGGAGGCACACCUCAAAAAUAGGUGUCCUGGGGCUUCCCAUCGGAGAGUUGCCUUGGAGAGGAGAAAAAACAGCAAAUUGCAGGCAGACGCAGAGAGCGAGAAUGAGAGCAGCAUGAUAGAUCACCCAGGUUCUCAGUCUCCCGACGCAGAGCAUGCUGGGACAGGAACAGCACCAGCGGACCAGAGCAUUACAUCAGCAACUGUCCCUGUGUGGACAGAUGAGUCUGGCCUUGACAACCCUGCCUUUGAGGAGAACAUGGGAGCUGACACAACCCAUCAGCCACCAAGUUUGCCAGAAGGUGAGAUCACAACCAUUGAAAUACAUCGGUCCAAUCCUUAUAUUGAGCUGGGAAUUAGCAUUGUGGGUGGCAAUGAAACACCUUUGAUCAACAUUGUUAUUCAAGAGGUUUAUCGAGAUGGGAUUAUUGCCAGAGACGGAAGGCUCCUUGCUGGAGAUCAAAUACUGCAAGUCAAUAACUUUGAUAUCAGCAACGUGUCCCACAACCAUGCUAGGGCCAUCCUUUCCCAGCCUUGCACAGUGUUGCACCUCACUGUACUCCGAGAGAGACGGUUUGGAAGCCGAACUCACAACCACAGCGAUAGCCCUCCCCAGCGAGAGGAUAGUUUCCACGUGACCCUACACAAACGAGACUCCAGUGAACAACUUGGCAUUAAGCUGGUGCGCAGAACAGAUGAGCCUGGGGUUUUUAUCCUUGACCUUUUGGAAGGGGGCUUGGCUGCUCAGGAUGGCCGACUCUGUAGCAACGACAAAGUGUUGGCUAUCAAUGGGCAUGACCUGAAGCAUGGCACACCAGAAUUAGCUGCUCAGAUUAUCCAGGCCAGCGGGGAGAGGGUGAGCCUAACCAUUUCUAGGCCGGCCAAGUCACAGAUUGUGAGCAUUCUCAGAGAUGGAGGGAGUCAUCCCAUCAGUCAACACCAAUCACAUCAGCUGUAUCACAGUAACAGACUCAGCCCGCAUAAGGACCUUUCCCAGUGUGUAACUUGCCAAGAGAAGCACAUCACAGUGAAGAAGGAGCCCCAGGAAUCUCUUGGCAUGACUGUAGCUGGAGGCCGGGGAAGCAAAAGUGGGGAAUUGCCAAUAUUCGUUACAAGUGUACAACCUCAUGGCUGCCUGGCAAGAGAUGGCAGGAUCAAAAGAGGUGAUGUGCUGAUGAAUAUUAAUGGCAUUGAUCUGACCAACCUAAGUCACAGUGAGGCAGUGGCCAUGCUGAAAGCCAGUGCUGCCUCCUCAGUUGUUGCCCUUAAAGCUUUGGAGGUCCAGAUUGCUGAAGAGCAGCCCCAGGCAAAUGAUGAGCAGCCCAGCACCAUCAGCGAGAACGAAUACGAUGCGAGUUGGUCACCAUCGUGGGUUAUGUGGCUGGGACUUCCCAGCUGCCUGCAUAGCUGCCAUGAUGUAGUGCUACGGAGGAGCAAUUUAGCAAGCUGGGGCUUUAGCAUUGUCGGUGGCUAUGAAGAAAAUCACACAAAUCAGCCUUUCUUCAUAAAAACAAUUGUCCUGGGAACGCCAGCUUAUUUCGAUGGAAGACUCAAAUGCGGUGAUAUGAUUGUUGCAGUCAAUGGACUUUCAACCGUGGGCAUGAGCCAUUCAGCGCUGGUCCCUAUGUUGAAGGAACAGAGAAACAAAGUCACAUUGACAGUUAUCUGCUGGCCAGGAAGUCUUGUAUAGACUUGCAAAAAAACACCACUUUGAUUCAAGUGUUUUGAAGCUUAUUUUUUCUAGAUGGCUGGUUCAAAAUCUUCAAGCUGUGUUUUCUUUUUUGUCCCCUCUUUUCUACUACUGAUGCAGCUGGUAAUAAGCUGGGCCAAAAACUGCUACAUUCAUACCUGGGGGUUGGAGGUGGGAAAGGAAGGCUCUCAACCUCACUGUGCAUCCUUUUCCAUCUCAAAACAACCAUUUCUGCCAUGUUUGUUAUGCUUUUGUUUGGUUUCCACAAGUUGAUCAUUCGAGUAUCCAUGCGCAACACACACUUUAGGAGCUCAGGAGUUGCUUACAGAGGUCAGCCUUCUCCAGCGACUGUAGUGCUUAUUUUCAUGUAACCAGCACGAUGGUGUGCCAGCCUGUCAGAUGCCAGCCUUGCUGAUCCCUGUGCUGCUAGGUGCUGGUCCAAAUGUACAAGCAGGAUCUGAGAGCAGGGAGUUAAUGGUUGUGCAAGACUUUCAGUGAUCACCCCAACCCCUGUAAGAUAUUCCUAGUUUGCUUCCAAGUUGCAGCCACCUUCACUUGGGAAGGAAACUUUAGAAGCACUUGUUAGAAGCUUCCUGUUGUUAAAGUGCGCUCUGGGUGUUACCAUUUAACCAGAGAGUGGGCAUACCAGUUGCUCCUAUGUCUCACCGCCUCUGUGUCUCUACCAGAGGGUGGGCAAUUCCUUACAUUAUGUCCAGGAGCAGGUAGCACAGUGGGGAGGGUGUGUGGAGCCACCCUCCUGGUAGUGGCAUUGCCGCUGCUUACUUGGACAGGGCAGAGCGGUGGCAGGGUUGGUGUUGCAUUGGCACACCAAUGGGAGCACCAGAUUGGCUCCACCGGUGUGCCUGCACAGCCCUGUCCUCGCUGUCACCCUGUCCCAGUAAGCAGCAGCAACUCCACUCUUGGGAGGGCAGUAUCAUGCAAACCACUCCUAGUCAUGGCUUCCACAAACAAGCAGCAGGAAACUGUUUAAGGGAAAGGGCAUACUUUGCAUGCAAAAGAUCCCAGGUUCAUUCCCCUGCAUCUCCCAAUAAGCCUGGGAAAGACUUCUGUCUGAAAAAUUAGAGAGGCGUGGCUGGACAGUGUAGACAGUACUGAGCUAGACAGGCCAAUGCUCUGAUUCAGUGUGAAGCAGCUUCCUAUGUUCCAGUUCCUUACAGCAUCUGCUCCGUAUUAGCCAUAAGAGAAGAGCACACCAUGCAGAUCUUGCUCACUGUGUGGCAAGUCUCUGUGCCAGUGCCAUCCACUACUAAUACCAGGAAAUUCAAUGCUAGCAUGGAAAUUCUGAACAGAAGAUGGGGGUAGCUGCAAAUAAAGAGGCAAGUGUUGCCCCACAAAAUCAUUUAUGCCAGGAGAUUCCACAUCAUGAUUGUAGUGUAUGAAUCUGCCCCUAGUUACAUGUGAUCAGAGGUCCCAUUUUUCAUUGUCAGGCAUGGCAGUGGCUUGUAAGGGUGCCCACCAUGUGUCAUUUAGUUAUAUAAGUAAUAGUCCCAAGGCUGCAACUGCACUAUGAUGUUUCACAGGCACACAUCAGUGGGCAACCAAUCAGUGAGAAUCUGCACUGUGUCAUGGGUUGUUUCUGCAUCGGGUGCAUAACAGUGCACAUUCUACAUGCAUAAUCUGUGCUGUGCUAUGGAUAAGGUUGUGAAUCUGCUGUGAUAAAGAAGUUUAAAUCCUGUAAUCAGAAUAAAUUAUGAAAACUUGUAUUA